UUAGCUUUAGAAUUCUGCAGACGCUUAGUCCUUACGAAUGGUUCCGAGUAAUAUUCCGACAGUAGGUGCCAAUUUACCAGCAACAACGUUGCAGAAAACCCCCGUCAUUUUCAAUCAUCCUCCCGGCUGCUGAAGAAAAUCGUGACGACGUGUGCAAAUCUAGUCGGCGAAAAUUGGCUGAUGUGCAGAGUGACAGGUUUGGGUAGAGUAUAAUAUCCGAUGUUCUGCUGGUCCAGUUAAUGACGUAAUUGCUUACCUGUUGCUCAGUAAUGGACUUCAGUGUUUGGUUUAUUUGAUGUGAUAAAUAUACCGGCAGAUGAACGGAUAAGUUUGACCAAGCCCUACUAGUAAGGAUUUGGCUUCGAAAGGCAGGACAGAGUACCUGAACUGAAGUUAUGCGGACUUGAAACAAACAGGGAAAGAAUGGCAGCUGUACCUGUACCCGGUGGUGGUAUUCUUCGAUUUCGUGAUUUUCCUCGACAUCUACAUCCUGGUCCACAAGGCUUAUUCACUAAUCCAUCAGCCAACGCUGUUGACUUGGUGUCUGCCCGCGGUAUGAACCAUUUGCUUAGCUCAUGCCAGAAAUGCGGGUAUGUUUGCCCUCGUCAUCUUCUAUUGCUCUGCGGCCAUAUCCUCUGCGAGGAUUGCGUCCUGUAUGCGAGGUCGAGUGACCUGGGAGGCAGUCAAACGACGGAGAAUGGCGAUUCCCUUGAUACAGGCAACGAGCAAGGAGUCACAAAGCGUCUUCGUGUCCAAUGCGGCAUGUGCGCUGAGCAGACUAUCGCUCAUAUGAGGCACAUUGACCCUUUCGUGCUCGAAAGUGUGCGGCUUUUCUGUCAUUGCGGAUAUCAGGGUACUCUCGAACAACUUUCCAGUCACAGGUGGACCUGCAAUGUCGUCAGGGAACCACUUUCGACUGCUAAACCUGACCAUUCACCAGUAGCAGCUAUCGAUCCUCAAGAUAUAAAAAAGUCCAUUAUCGAGGAAGCAAAACGAAUAUAUAGAACUUCUACGACUGAUAGUACAGUACAAGAGCUGGAAAGCAGUCUUGCACAAAAAGUCGAUCAAGCUGUACUAACAGCCCAACUCCAUUCAUUGAAGGUAGAUCUACACCGUUUUGUCAUUGAGCAUCGAUCAUGCAACGAGCUAUUCUGGUUCAAUGUCAAAGAACUGAUCGAAGAACACGAUUCCAUGCAUAAAGACAUUUAUUCGCAGACUCAAUCACGAUUAAUUGCAGGGUACCCAGUUGAGGUGAUCAUUUCUGUGGAGACUGUCGAGACCUGCAAAUGCUUUGGGGUAUACGUUGGCCCCUGCUCUUUGCCACACUCUGCAGAGUGGCCAAUGAAGAAAAAGAUCAUUCUUCGAAUCUACGAUGAUAACGGCUACACGUUUGGUGAAUUUUCGUUCAACACCACUAGUGAAAACUCAAGGAAGUCGUUUGAGAAACCUGAAAGUCAAGGACACAUAUCUCGAUGGGGAAAACGUGGCGGUAUGUGUCCGAUCGGCGACCUUGCUAGAGCGAUGUUCUACGAAAAGCAGAAUGGCAUGGUGUGUAUUGGAGUUGAAGUAAAGCCAUUUUAGGCUUAUAUAUAUAUAAGAAGGAUAUAGAUCGACGAGCGUACUUUUUUGUUACUAAUGGGAAGACUGAUCCAGUCAUUGACAGGACGUGAUUACCGUACACACGAAUUCUUAGAUGCGGUACGGUUCCUCCGUUUGGGGAUGACGGUACUGCGUGCAAUAAAGUUUGUUCAGCUGGUGGUUCGGUA